UUUAAAAAGGCUUAUUAUGGUGUGGCCUAAAACUUUUUUUUUUUCAACUAAAAUUACCAUCUUCAGUUUCAGUGUGUCCCCAGACAACAGAAGCAAAACACAAAGACUGACUGGGCUGCAUUCCUCAAAAAACUGGUUAUAUUGUUGCACUCACACAUAAUGGACUCGUUAUGUGUGAGAGGUGUGAGGCAAUGUGUGUGUGCAUUGGGAUCCUGUCCCAGGAGGAUGAGACUGAGACCCAUUUUCCCAACAGCGAUGAGACGAUAAUGUCAGAAACACCAGAAGAAGAAGCUCCAGCUGAACCCAGAGAGCCUGGCUGUGAGAAGUAUGAAGGAGGAGUCUGCACCAGGGAGUUUGAUCCAGUAUGUGGCAAUGAUGGAGAGACCUACAGCACAGAGUGCAUUCUCUGUGAGCAGAACAGGGAACAGAAGAAGAAUGUGAAAGUGGCAAGCAAAGGGUCAUGCUCUCCUUAACUGUCUGUGGUGUGCAGUGACACACACACACAUACAUACAUUUCCAGGUUGUAAUAGGUAGAUCAUAUCUUUUCCUAUAUCUUGCCUUCUCAAUAAAGCUACACACUUCAA